AUGCUCUUAGCCUUAGUAUUGGCUCUGACCUCCCUGGCACAAGCUAUCUUCUUCGGUGGAGGUGGCGGUGGAGGAGGUGGAGGCUGCUGUCCUGUUCAGUGCCCGCCACCGCAACCAUGUCCCGUAUGCAUCCAGAAUGCAUGCCCACCACCUCCUACAGCUUACUGCCCACAAGUGCAACCAGUCUAUGUUCCAUCAUGUGGAGGAGGAGGUGGUGGUGGAUCCUGCGGAGGAGGUGGUUUCGGAGGUGGUGGAUUUAACGGUGGUGGAUUUAACGGUGGCAGCUAUGCAUCGCCGCCUAUUCCACCUCCAAGUGGCGGUUAUGGAGGAGACUCUGGAGGCGGUAGCUACGCGUCCGCUGGAGGUAUCGGAGGUUACGGAGGUAGUGGAAGUGGAGGUUACGGAGGAGGAAGCUAUGCUGGCCCCCCUAUAGGAGCAGGUGGUGGAGGAGGAGUUGGAGGAGGAAACUAUGGCGGUCCUGUAGGAGGAGGUGGCGGAGGACAAGGUGGAGAAGGAAUUGGUGGUCCCGUGGGAGGAGGUGGAGGAGGAGAAGAGCACAAUGCUGGUGGUGGUGGUGGUGGAGGAGGAGAAGGUCCUGUCGGUGGCGGAGGUGGCGAACCACACCAGCAACAAUUACAAGCCAGUCCAGCAAGUCCUCCUGAUUCUGAAAAUGAAGGGCAAGAAGCACCUCCUGGAGGUGGUUCGCAGGGCAGUUACGUCCCAAAUAUAUACGCGAAAUUACGAUCUGAUUUACCACCUUGCCAGCCGACUAAAAUCAAAUAUGUUGUUUUGAGAUCAAAAAAACAUGCUCAAAACGAGAUGGAGGAAAUCGCCGAGGUGGAUCAUGUGGAAGCAACGGCAUCUCCUAUCGAAGCCAGCCAAAUUGGCGACGAAAUUUCACGAAAUCUCGCCACUGAAGACGCAGUCCGAGAACCCCUUGCGACAUAUGGAGACACAAAAUGUAAUAGCAAAGCACUACGAGAUUUAGUCAUGGAUAACAUCGUUCGAGAAGAUGCACUAGCAUCAAAGCGAAAUAUUCAUGAAUCUUCAUUGAAGAGAUUCCCAGAUUCUACCGUAGAUGUGAUCUGUUCAGGAACAGGUUUCACAUACUUGGUAUCAACGACAGAGCAUUGUGAAGCGCAAAAAGACAACGUGAUCUGUUUUGUUUACAAACGACCUCUUCUUCGACAUUGA